CCGCCACCUGCUCAGGGUCCGCACGAUGCAGUUUGAGAUGCACGACAACGUGAAAGGCAAAGCCAUGUCCUACGCGGUGACCAGCCAGCCCCAGUGCACCAGCAGCUGCUACCAGACCCAGCUCAGCGACUGGCACACGGGCCUCACGGAUUGCUGCAACGACAUGCCCGUCUGUCUGUGCGGCACCUUCGCGCCCCUGUGCCUGGCCUGUCGCAUCUCCGACGACUUCGGGGAGUGCUGCUGCGCGCCCUACCUGCCCGGAGGCCUGCACUCCCUGCGAACCGGCAUGCGUGAGCGCUACCACAUCCAGGGCUCCGUUGGACACGAUUGGGCCGCCCUCACCUUUUGUCUGCCCUGCGCCCUGUGCCAGAUGGCGCGGGAAUUGAAGAUCCGACAGUGAAGCUGCCCACCCUCCCCAUCCAUGCCCAGCCGGCCCACCUGGCCU